AUGCAAGUACUGCCUUGUAUUUCACAUGACUUAGAAUAUUACAGCACAGAUCAUGCUAUAUAAACAGAUAUCAAAGAAAUACCAGAAUUAAAGGAGCUAGCUAUUGCUACACAAGAUUUAAGCAAGCUCAUUCACUCCCUUCAGCAACAUUUGUUCAUCUACAAAAGCAUCAUUCAAGCACAGCAUGAAUUAAAAAUCAAAGAGCAGGCUUCAAAUCUUUGUAAAUACAUAGAUCAACUGUCAGACAUUGAAUUUUUACCUAAACAGAAAGAUGUCCAAAUUUGACACAGCUACCAACAACAGUUAUGUGAUGCACUGUCUGUUCUCAGAGCAAAUACUGAGAAGUAUUACAACAUAAAUGGAGAAGACACAGCGUGUUCAGCAGGAAAACUUGUGAAGCUUUUAUGUAACAAGCUACACAGAGAGUCCAUAACUGAAGAUCUGAAGAGAAAACUGCAGGAAUACAAAAAAAAAGAAAGGACUGAAGUGGUUGUCUUUGAAGAUGAUGACCAUGAAAAAAAAUUGCUCGAAAAACAGAGUGAGGAUUUCAAAGAAGAGGUUUUUAAGCUGCACAAUGAGGUUUCUCAUCUCAAAAAUGCUCUGAAAAAGAAAAAAUAUUUAUUAGAUAAGCAGGUUCAAAGAAUGCGGUCAAAAAUGGAAGCUGAUAAGCAAACUGUUCAAAAGUUGAUUGAAAUUCAAGAGGAAAUGAAAGCAGAACUUGAAAACGAAAUGCCAUUAAGAAAGAAUUUACUGACAAGAGUACCUGAGCAGCAAGCUGCUGAAAGAAGCCUGACUGCUGAAACUGAGAAACUGAAGAAACAUGAAGGUCAGGAAAUGCAAACCACAGAAAGAAAGGAAGCUGAGCAAAGUGAUGCAAUAUGGAAAAAGAAAUUCCAGGUUCUACAGAACAGUCUGCAUGUGAUUAAGGAUGAGAGGUUUAUUAGAAAAAACCUGCAAUGCCAGUUACUAGCCCUUAAAUGUACAUCUCUCAGUGAGACACUCUUCUCCAGUCCUUUUUCUGAUUCUGUAUGUAAAAUCUACUUUUAUAUUGGAAUGAGUCAGGGGUUUGCUGAGGCUAUGAACAAAGAGCUAAGUUAG